AUGGCAGGCACAACAUCUUCGCGCAAGUACGGAAAGAGGACAACCAGGUCCAAGGCGGAGCGACUAUUUGCAGAGCUUCCCCAAAGCCCCUGGAGGAGGAAGCCUGAAGUGCAGGUUGAUGACAAAGCUGUGAAUGAGUUGACUGAGAACCUCUCCGUCAUAAAAAUCUCAGCCGAGCAGUUAUCAUCUUGUGUUCCUGUACAGGUUGUUGAGGAGAAAGAGGAGCAUAUCAGACCCGAGGACCCGCCAGGUUCAGACGCUUGCCCACAAGAGAGCAUCCAGGAAGUGGCUGCGACCGAAAUUUUAGAGCCAGAACCACAGGGCUAUCAACAAUAUGUGGCAGAAAUUCACCGCGAGAGUCAUGUCGAGGGACCUGGAUUGGACGAAGGGGAUGCGGGCGAUGUUUCGUUACGAAUGUUAACCUGGGAGGAUAUUUGUCCUCCAGGAGAUCAAAUCACCAAAAUUGCAGAGGCAUCAUUCGCUGAGGUUUACCGUGUCAGCAAUGAGAGAGGAACGAGCAUUAUCAAAGUCAUGCGGCUCGAGUCGCCUCUCAAGGCGCAGACGAAAGCGCAGGUCCGGUCCGGACUGGUGGAUGAAGAGCCACGCUCGGGCGAAGACGUUGAGGGAGAACUCCAGAUAUCAGAGUGGCUGGCCGACAUACCUGGCUUUGUUGUUUACAAGGAACGCUAUGUAGUGCAAGGGAAAGCACCCCGGCAGUUGAUUGAAACCCAUCAGGCGUUCCAAAAGAAGCUGAAGAAACAGGAUCCCGGCCGAGCACAAUUUUAUCCUUCCCCCACCAGAUAUCUCCCAGAUACGAAAUUCCUUGUCGUCGAACUUGGCGAUGCGGGUAAGGCUUUGGAAGACUGGGAGCUUACAAGCAUGGAUCAGCUAUGGGACGUGUUUUUUCUUGAAGCCAUUGCGCUGGCCCGAGCCGAGGAUGUGGCUAUGUUUGAGCAUCGUGACCUCCAUGAAGGCAACUUGUGCCUCAGGCAGGUGUCACCUCCCCGCAAGAGGCAUCCGGACUCAUUGGGAUACUUUGGAUACUCGGGGCUUGAGAUCACAAUACUGGAUUAUGGCCUGUCCAGGGCCGAAGACCUCAGUAUCGAUUACGCCAAACCAGUCGCCUAUGACCUGGAAAAAGAUCUCAGCCUCUUCACGAGCACCCAUGCACCGCAAUGCAAGGUGUACCGGCAAAUGCGCUCGUUUCUACUGCGAGCUGAUCGCAUAUGCCUCCCCCCCGAGAAGCACGACAGCGCCUACGCAAAAGGGAUCGACGGGCCAAUUUCAUGGGACGCAUAUGCGCCCUACACCAACGUUCUCUGGCUUGCAUACCUUUAUGAGUAUCUCGUCAAUAACUUUGCAGGAAGCAAGAAAGAACUGAACCACUUUAAGAAGCUCACUGGGGAGAUGUGGGGAUAUUUGAACCCCGAGGCAAAAUCAAAUGUCCCCUGUUUUGGGAGCGCAGAAGACAUCGUCGGCUUUGCGGUUGAAGCUGGGUGGGUGAGAGAAGACCAGCUAAUGGAGUUGGGAAAUUCAAUUUUGGAUAAAGAGGAUAGCAUCAUCAUAUCCAAGGCAGAAGAUGAUGUGGAGGAUGCCUCUGUGAGAAGGUCUCCCCGCCGGAAACGGUGA